AUGGAGGACGUUGGAUCCGCAGCACCUGAAGCGCAUUUGAAGCAGGCGCAGCAGUCCUGCUCAUCGACAGUGAGUGGGACAAGCGCAGCAAGUGCCAAUGCAGACUCUGUACAAGUGGUGGGUCGCGAGUAUGGACCACUGGAACAGCUUUGGCCGACGAUCGAAGACGUGUCGUCGACGAGGGUAAUUUGGGCGACAGCUGCAGCUGCAGCGCUUCUGAGGUUCGCCGGUGCGAGUGCGAAUCCCGGCGCCGGUGAUGACAACCUCUCGGACCUCCCGACGAUUCAAGGGAUUUCGGACUGGAGCUGGAACUCGGCGGACCAGAAUAAAAUUAGCGGCGGCGGGUGGACUGCUCCUGAGAAGAGGACGGCCAGUGAUGCACGCGACUCAGCACGGAGAAUGGACAGAGCCGGUUCUUACAUCAGUUCUUACAAGUCAGCAGAUUUCACCUCCGAGCUCCAAGCUCCCUCUGGGCCCAGAGAAGAGGAAAAACCCUCCGCCGUCGGAGAAUCUGCCAGUGCCGCGAAAAGAGAGAAAUUCCGCGGGGUGCGCCAGACGGCCUUAGGAAAAUGGUCUGCCCGAAUAUGCCACUCGAAGGAGAAGAAAAAAAUGCAGGUGUGGCUCGGCACCUUCGAUACUCCCGAGGAGGCCGCUAGAGCUUACGACAUUGCUGCCAUCGACCUCCAUGGCCUGAGUGCGAAGCUGAAUUUCCCGGAUGCCGUCGCCCCGGUGCCCGGCUCUGCUGCAGCAGCUAAAGCUGCGAAUGUGCCCUGA